AUGCCUCUCGGACGCCGGAAAACAUCGUCAAUAUCAUUGACCGCAAUCUUUGCGCUCGCUCUCACAAUUUUCACAUCCCUCGCUUUCGCCAGCAACGAUCCCUCGUCAAAUCAAGACACGCAAGAUAAGGACAGCAACGAGCUGAUAUGCCACACCGACAACCCUGAUGAAUGUUACCCAAAAAUAUUUGUACCCACGGAUGAGUUCCAGACCAUCCAGAAAGACCAGGAGAUCCCUCAAGGUCUCCACGUCCGACUCAACGUCACCUCUGGCCUCCUCGAGGCCAAGAUGAACGUGGAGGGCGAGGUCCCCGAGGAACUGAAGGGUCUAUCGCCCGAGGAACAGGCCGUCCUGGUCGUCGAGCCUGAGCAGCCCGAGGAGCCACAAGUACCAGGGGGAGCCCCAGCGUACGAACCGGUCGGCGCUGUCAAGAAGCCGGAGCAUGAGGCUGGGUAUUUCUACGACGUCCUCUCCAUGAUCAAGGACCCGGCGACACGGGACACCACGUACGACGAUGCGUUGGAGUGGCUGGAGGACCUGAGCCACGAUAUGUACUAUGGCCUGAAACUCGCUGAGGAUACGCAAGCGGUCAAGGAGCUCCUGUGCCUCAUGAGCGACGAUGCGCAGCCUGUGGAGGAGGGCGUCGUGCCUAGGGAUCAGCGUGCGGCGACAAUUGUCGCGGCCGCCCUGUCCAACAACCCUCCCGCUCUGCAAAAAGUCGCCCAGCAAUGGUCGGAUCUCAAGGGCAUGACGUGCCUCGACACUCGAAAGCCCUUGAGUGAAGGGUUCUCCGGCCGCCGGUUCAUCCCCCAGGGUGACGCCGUGCAAGACCCCUCCUCGCCGGGUCGCGUCAAGGCCAAGGUGAGCGUGGUGAACAACAUGAUGAAGAACGACAACCUUCGGAAAGAGUUUGUCGACGGCGACAUGAUGAAGUACCUGCUCGAGGUUCUGGUCCCGACGGCGUCAUCUUGGACGUCGGCGCAGAGAAAGGUGGGCCAGCUGGCGCUGGACAACUUCUUGGACGAGGACAUGGGCGCUGUUCUCGGGCAGUGGCCCGCGGACAAGGUCCAGAUGGACAAGGUGUGCAAGGAAGGGUCGAUGGAGGAUGGAUGCUGGGACUACAGAGUCAAUGAGAUUGCCCAGAACCACAAAGGCGACGACAGCCACUGGAGUGGGGAUCUGGCGAGGAGGCUGGCCGACGCCAGGAAGACGCAGGCCGGAAAAGAGCCAGCUCGCGAUGAGAAAGCAGAAUUGUAG